CUGCAGCGGGGAAGCCAGGCAGUCCACGGCUGGCCGGCAGUGCUGCGCUGCUGGAGAAGCGCUCAGCAAUGACCGAGAGCUCAGCUGCGGCAGCGACAGCGGCACCAACCGUGCUAGAUGAGCUCCUGGAAAUCACGGCUCAGAGCCUGGUGCGCACAGAGGUGGCUGAGCACUAUGAGGUUAUUCGAGAGCUGGGCAGGGGCAAGUAUGGCCACGUGAUGCUAGUGACCCACAGGCAGAGAGGGACUCCCAUGGCUCUCAAGCUGCUACCCAAAGCCAGUACCAAGCUGCACACCUUCCUGUAUGAGUAUUGUGUGGCACUCACCCUUGCCACCCACCCUGCCAUCAUCAGCAUGUUUGGAAUUGCCAUUGAGUCCAGCCAGUACUAUGGCUUCCUCUACGAACCAGCGCUGCACAAAGAUCUCAUUUCUAUCAUCAAACCCCGGGACGGGACCCCUGAGCCAGCCGCUAAGCAGUGUGCCAAGCAGCUUGUGAGCGCGCUGGAGUUCAUCCACAGCCGGGGGCUUGUGUACCGUGAUGUCAAGCCUGAGAACGUGCUGCUUUUUGAUCCUGAGUGUCGGCGCAUCAAGCUGACUGACUUUGGGCUCACGCGGCCCAAGGGUACCAAGCUCAAGCUGGUGGCUGGAGUAAUCCCCUACACCGCCCCCGAGCUGAGCAACACCACUGAUGCCCAGGGGGUGCCCAUUGACACCAGCCUGGACGCCUGGGCCUUCGGCGUGCUGCUUUUCUGCCUGCUGACUGGCUACUUCCCCUGGGAGCAAAGCCUGCCAAAUGACCCUUUCUUUGAGGACUUCAUGCUGUGGCAGGAGACAGGCCUGGAGGAGAAUGUGCCCCGCCACUGGAAACGCCUGACAGCUGAGGCCGCCCUGAUGCUGCGGAGCCUGCUGGCCCUAGAUCCUGCCAAGCGCAGCCCUGUCGGUGGGGCACUGCGCUAUGUCGAUUGCCCGUGGCGGCUGGAGGACGGGGGCAGUGAGGAGGCUGCGGUGAAGCCCUAG